UUAACAGGAACUCCUUCUGGAGGGUUUGACCUUAGCCAUCUGUUCAUAUGCUGGUGUCUCCAUGACCUAGGCAUGGAGGAGGCAAGAGUGGCUGCUUUGAACCAGACUGAGUACCCAACUACUCUUGGGAGAAUGGACUGGGUGGGCUCAGCUGGAGGGAUGGAAGGGUUGCUGAGAUCAGAGAUGGAGCUGGCACAGACGUUUGGGUGCAACAGGUGCAGCAAAGUCUAUGCUUUGGAUGUAGAAGUUUGCAGGUUCAGUGUCUGGUUUCUCUACUAAAAUGUUCUCUGGUAGUGGAAAUUGGAAAUACGUCUGCCUGAAACUAUGGUGCUCCAGUGAUAGCUGGAGCAGAAAGCUGGAGUUGGCCACCUUCUGGGUAAGGUGGGUAGUAGUCAUCCUAGCCAUGCCUAUUCAAUCCUAUAUGUGUCUACCUAGAAGUAAAUUCUAUUGAGGCCAGUGGAACCAGGUAAUCCUAGGAUCACAAGCAGCAGAGAGUGAGGAAGAAGAUGAUGUUGACAUGGAAGUUGAAGAUCAAGACAGCAAGGAGACUGAAAAGCCAAACAUCAUUAAUUUUGAUACUAGCCUGCCAACUUCACAUGUGUAUUUAGGAUCUGAUAUGGAAGAGUUUCAUGGAAGGACUGUCCAUGAUGACGACAGUUGUCAGACUAUUCCAGUCUUACCCCAUCUGAUGGUAAUGUUGAUUCCUGGACAAACACUGCCUCUUCAGCUCUUUAGCCCCCAAGAGGUUAGCAUGGUGCGGAAUUUAAUACAGAAAGACAGAACCUUUGCUGUUCUUGCAUACAGCAAUGCACUUGAAAGAGAAGCACAUUUUGGAACGACAGCAGAAAUUUAUGCUUAUCGAGAAGCGCAAGAGUAUGGAAUUGAAACAGUCAAAGUAAAAGCAGUGGGAAGGCAAAGGUUUAAGGUUCUUGAAAUAAGGACUCAAUCAGAUGGAAUACAGCAGGCAAAGGUGCAAAUCCUCCCUGAGCGAGUUCUGCCUUCAACUAUGUCAGCAGUGCAGCUGGAGUCCUGCAGCAGAUGCCACUUAUUUCCUUCUUCCAAGCCUGCAGCAUGGCAGGAUCAACAUAUACAUCAAUGGCGGCAGAAAUAUCAAAAGCGCAAAUUUCACUGUGCUAGUCUGACUUCCUGGCCGUCUUGGUUGUAUUCAUUAUAUGAUGCUGAAACCUUGAUGGAAAGGGUCAAGCAGCAGCUGCACGAGUGGGAUGAAAAUCUUAAAGAUGAAUCGCUUCCAUCAAAUCCAAUAGAUUUUUCAUACAGAGUUGCCGCUUGUCUGCCCAUUGAUGAUGCGCUGCGAAUUCAGCUGCUUAAAAUUGGUAGUGCUGUUCAGCGACUGCGAUGUGAACUAGAUAUAAUGAACAAAUGUACGUCUCUCUGCUGUAAGCAUUGUCAAGACACAGAAAUAACUACUAAAAAUGAAAUAUUCAGUUUAUCUCUUGGUGGGCCUAUGGCUGCAUAUGUGAAUCCUCAUGGAUUUGUGCACGAGACGCUUACUGUGUACAAAGCUUGCAACUUGAAUCUGACUGGCAGAUCUUCCACAGAGCAUAGCUGGUUUCCUGGGUAUGCAUGGACUAUAGCCGAGUGCAGAAUCUGUGGAAGCCACAUAGGCUGGAAGUUUACUUCAACAAAGAAGGAUAUGUCACCUCAAAAGUUCUGGGGAUUGACCCGUUCUGCACUGCUGCCAAGGAUUCCAGAAACAGAGGAUGAAUCCGGUAAAAGAUCACUAUUGCUUUGCCAGUGAUCAAAUAACCUUACCUUGGAUACGUCAGUGUCUUCUUAAAAAAAAAAAGAAAAUCUGCAAAGUGCUGCAUCUUAUGUCUGAUUAUCUAAAAGGAUCUUUUCACCUGAGCUUUGUGCAGAUAAAAGUACUGUUGCUUCCAAAGGCCCUGAAAAAAAUGACAUUUUAAGAUUUAGACUUCUGGAGGAAGAAGUACCAAAUGUGUGACGGAGAUGAGAAAAAAAAAACAGUCCCCCCUCCCCAGAUUGUUUCAUAAA